CUUUUUUUUUUUUUAGUUGGUAAGACUAUAUGGUCUCUUUUAAUGUGUUACUGACUUACUAAUCUAGUACAAAGUGUGACAACUUGCCACAGUCUCCUCUACUAAUAAACUGGCACAGUAGGAUUACACACACUAAAAGUGUUAUUUUGUUACAGUAGGUGAGUGAUAAUACUCCUUUGUUCACAGUGCCAUUGAGACUUCAUUGCAUUGCUAUUGCAAUAAAUGUGCAGAUUAUUUGACAAUCGGAUAACUUUUAACAGCCUGCACAGCAAACGUUUCCUAAAGUCAAGCUGUAGUUUAUUUUCUGAUGACUCUGCUGGGAUUAUUUUUUAACAUUGCAACUUUUCUAUUGUGCUUUUAUAAGAAUAGUUUGAGACCGCAGUAAGACUGUUUAUUUUUUUAGCAAACAUUUUGCAAUACUGGAUAAACUCUUUCCCAAGGGAGACAUAUUUGUGGUUUUGCAGCAUUCUGUAUUUUUUUUAAAGUAAGUAAAUUUUGGUAAUGAACCCAUUUUUGUUGCAUAUACCGUAACUUUUUCAAAUCAGCAACCAAGGAUUCUUCAGAAAAUGCUGUCAUACACAAUCAUCAAUCACAACGUGAACUCAGUUACAACAAUAACAGUUCUCAACAUGUUCACAGUAAUAAAAAAAAACUGAUGGGGUCACAACCUCAGGAUGUGCAGGUGAGUUCAUUAUUUGCUUUGGAGGCAUGCAACGCUAACAUUCAAAAAAGAAAAGGAAUAUUGGUGGAAGUGUGAUAGACUGAAAAUGUGAUUGAGGAAUACUGGGUACCCUAAAAUUUAUUUUUUCCCUCUCUUCCAUCAGAUUUAUUCUUUAAGAGACUCUUUAAAAAUGUGUUCUAAUGUUACAUGAGUUUUGGUGUCUUCUGUAAAAUGCCUGUAGGUGGCGCAUUACACUAGAGCAGGGGUCUCCAACCCUGUUCCUGGAGAGCUACCAUCCUGAAGAUUUCAGCUCCAAGCCCAAUCAAACACACCUGAACAGGUGUUCAGGGCUACUUGAUAAUUACAGACAGGUGUGUUGCAGCAGGGUUGGAUCUGAAGUCUGCAGGACGGUAGCUCUCCAGGAGCAGGGUUGGAGAUCCCUGCACUAGAGUGAUGAGGAAUUUACGUUCUGGUCAAAGGGCAAAGCCAUUAAAGUAAGCGCCAGAACGCUGCAGAUUCUAAUCUGUGUGUGUCUCAUCAUUUCCUACAGUUAUUAGCUCUCAUCCUUCCCUGUUUGAGACCGGUAACAGAAGGUACAUUAUAGAAAUCCCUAAAAACAGGAAAUGGGUUGUCACUCGUGAGGACGAUCCCUUGAUAAAGUAACUGAAAGUAGCAACAUAGCCAACUCAAUUUCAGAAGUGCAGAUUUUUAUAUAACAGGAGCUUUCCAGGAAUAUGCAACUUUUCCCAAUAAGUGUAUAACGUAACAAAUCUACCACAUCUAUUUUAUUUUAUUUUUUUCUUGUAAUAGGAAAUAGGAUUGUGCAAACUAAUCAAACGUGUUAGCCUACAUGUCUACUUCCUCUGGAAAGUCAGAUUAUCAGUUCAAUCGGAAGGCUCAUUUAAAUAUAUUGAUCAAUAUUUGUCCCUACACAAAGCUUUGGACUGAAUUUUUCCACUGCUUUGCAAAUAAUAAAUACAUGACUACAAAAUUCUAUGAGCAUUUUUUUCCCCCCUGAAUUUUUCAUGGAACCCUUAGUACCCCAUUGUGGGGUCACUGGAGCCCAGUUUGGAAACUUUGUGGCUCAGUUUGUUUAUUUAUUUGUUCUAGUUUUUGAGAGUAAAUGAAACUUCCACCUGCGUAAACAACAUUACUUGUAAUGUCUUGCAAAAGUCUUGAUUUGUAUGUGUGUGAACAUAUGUUUCACUUUUUUUCAUGAAAUGUGAAUAUGCCAACAUCACAAAAUUCCUGAAGCUCACUGACACUUUUUUAAUCAUAUGAAUGACAUGAUGAGGCUCACAUACUCGUGACAUCAGCACAAACUUUCCCAGCCUGAAAUAUUGCGCAACUCUCUGACUCAUAUCCAGGACGGAGCUUUAAAAGAGCUGCAAGUUCCACAAUGUGGACAGAAUUCACCAACAUCUCUGAACACUUCAAGCGUCUAGCUUCCAAACUCUAGAUUUACUUUUACUUUUUGUUAGUUUCACUUGGGAAGAAUGCACUGCAAAAUCUUUUUAGUCUCUGUUAUUGUUUUCCUCGGAUUCCUGACCAUUGGUGAAGGAAUGAGUCUUAAAGGUCUGGGUGUAGAUCCACGCUGUCGCUGCAUUGAAACUGAGAGUCGACGCAUUGGAAAACACAUUGAGAGUGUGGAGCUCUUCCCUCCAAGCUCACACUGUAAAGACACAGAGAUCAUUGCCACCCUGAAGGGAUCUGGGAAAGAGAUCUGUCUGGACCCUACUGCACCCUGGGUUAAGAAGGUCAUUGAGAAGAUCAUUGCCAACAAAGCCCCAUGAAUAUCUGGGUCAUCUGUGAGGUUUAGCCUGAAGAUAUGAAUGAUAUGGCCACCUCUGACAUAUCAACCUGUACCGAUGGGCACAGUCCUACUGUUUGGUUAUGUUUAAAACAGUUUGUUCAAUAUCGAGUGUUAGGUAACACUUUAUUUUAGGGUCUCUUAACUAGUUGUUUAUUAGCAUGCAUAUUACUAGAAUAUUAGCCAUUUAUUAGUAGUAAUUAAGCACAUAUUAAUGCCUUAUUCUACAUGACCUUAUUCUACAUCCCUAAUCCUACCCAAAACAUAAACUUAACAACUACCUUACUAAUUACUAAUUAGGAAAUUAGGAAUUUGUUGAGGGAAAAUUUGAAGUUAAUAGUGAACAAGUGUUCCCCAUUCUAAAGUGUUACCGAGUGUUGUUCACAUAAGUGUUAAGUGUUGUAUUUAUAUAUAUUUAUUUAUGUAUUUAUUUAUUUAUUAUAUUUUUUUAAUAAAAUGAUUUUGUACUAA